AUUCUAUGACUCCGCAACAACCAAUUCACACAUCCUCUGAUACUCACAACGCUUUCCUUCAUCCACACCAAUCCCCCCUUCAGAUUUUGGUUGUACCUGUAAUUUCUCAUCGUCCACGGCUACACCAUGGCUAUCCGUUUGCCUGGAUUGCAAAUCCUCCGACGGUCUCUUCCCUCUAAGACCGCUACCGUCGGUGUCCCAAAGGGCCAUAUUGCAGUUUAUAUUGGGGAGACCCAGAAGAAGCGGUUUGUGGUUCCCAUUUCGUACCUAAAUCAUCCUCUGUUCCAAGAUUUGCUCUGUCGAGCUGAGGAAGAGUUCGGGUUCAAUCAUCCGAUGGGCGGUCUCACCAUUCCAUGCCAAGAGGAGGUCUUCCUCGAUCUAACCAGUCGUUUGAGUAGCUCAUGAGAGAAAGAAUCAUGGAUGAGGAUUCGAAUAUAGUUUGGCCAAGAAAGAACUUGGUGCUCGCCAUUUUUCAUCAUUCAUUCAUUCCAAUUUUAAUUCCGGCGCCAAAAACAAAAUUUAAUUCUGGCAACUGGGUUGUUCCCAAGUUUCAACCCUUUGUGAUAUUUAUUUCAUUCUUUUUCUCUCUCUCUUUCGUAAGGAAAUUGGGAAUUUAUUAAUUAUUUCUCCCUCAUUGUAAAGUUUCAGAAAGUUGAUUGUUCUAACUUGGCUCUUAUAAUUUACCUUAGAAGGCUAUGAAUUUCUUGCCUCUCGACUA